CGCAAUGUGAUGCCAUCAAAUCUGAACAAGUGCUCUUGUUAUAAAUACCUUAGUUGUUUAUCUAGUUCUUCGGUUCUGAUCUGAUAUUGUUUAUUCUAAUUAAAAUGAAGGUGUUCAUCCUAGCUUCCCUCAUAAGCAUUGCAGCAUGCGCACGUCUGGAUCACCUGACCUACCUUCCUCCCAACCAGCGAUCGUCCAAUACAAACGCUCCAACUAACACGUACCUCCCCCCCUUCCAAAGAACCUCUUUCACAAGCCAGUCUAACUUCGGAAGUCAUUCUAAUUCUGGAUUUAGCCAGUCUGGUUCUAACUUCCAGUCUGGAGCUACCAACUCUAGAUCUAGCGCUAACCAGAUCCCAAUUUUAAAGUUGGCUGCCGAUAAUAAUGGAGAUGGCACUUACAGAUAUCAAUACGAGACUGGAAAUAGUAUAUCAGCUGAAGAACAGGGAGAAGCCAGAGGACAAGGCACCAAGGCUCACGGUUCUUACUCCUACACCUCUCCUGAGGGUGAAGUGGUCUCAAUUUCAUACACUGCUGACGAAAACGGAUAUAAUCCACAAGGAUCUCAUAUUCCUACUCCACCACCAAUUCCAGAAGCCAUCUUAAAAUCUCUGCAAGAAAAUGCCGCUGCUGAAGCUAGAGGUGUAUUAAAUGAAGGAUCUUAUCGUGGAGAGGGUUUGAACGAAGGACAAUAUCAUGAAGGUAACAGUGGUAACUUUGCCAGACAGACUUCUGGAGGAUAUGCUGCUAAUGGUGGAUACAAAUAUUAGAGGCACAUGUUUUAAGGAUAUGAUUUUUUGAAUAAUAGGAUUUUUGUACAGAGUCUAAUACAAUAAGCAAUGGCAAAAAUAAAGGCCGUAAAAUGAA